CUUCCCCUUCGUUCGUCCGCGCUCUGCGCCCUUGUGCCAGCCCUCAGCCGACGCUGCGUCUCACAUCGCGGUCGCUGUCCUCCCCGACGUUGCAGGCCAUCGCAGGGCUUUUACUGUAACCACCAACCACAUCGACACUGAACCCACACGCUCCUUUCUCAUCCUUCCAUGGACGCCCUCCUCAUACCGAGGCAGGCCAACUCAACCUCCGGCUGUCCCAACGACCUGCAAUGUCCCGACCCAGCGCCGUGUGUUUGCACUGGUAAUCAGUUAUGCGUCCAGAUUCUCAGGACGUGUAGCCAGUGCGGAUCCUUCAAAUGUGUUGAGCCCAGCUCCUCGUCAUCAGGCAAGAAAGGCGGCGUCUCUACCGGUGCCCUCGCUGGUGCCAUCGUUGGGUGCUUAAUUCUGUUCGCGCUCGUCCUUGGCGGUGUCUUCUUCUGGUACCGCCGUCGCUCUCGCCUGCUACGUGAGGCGCAGCAAGCACAACCGGAGACGCAGGAAGUCGUCGCCUCCGCCCUUGACGUGCUCAACCGACCGGAUCCGAACGAGAAGUUCCAGCAGCCUCCGGCGCCCUCUCCCCAAAGCAACGUACGCGUCUACCAGCACUCGCGGACGACCCUCGAUCUCGAUCCGGAGUCACAGCGCGCUGCAGUCGUUACACAUGCCCACCAGAAUCCGUUCGAGGAUGCGCAGUCGAUCCAGACCACAUCCUCCAACUCUCAUGGCACGAAUGUCAUUCCGAUUGCACUCGUUCCUCGCACCUCUGCACUUCCAUCCUCGCAGCUGAACCCCCCGGAGCGUAGCAUUUCGCCCGCACCGCCUCGUCCCAUACGCACGCCCGAUUUGGACCUUAAUCUCGAGCACGUCAACGUAUCCAAGGAUUCGCUCCGUCCCGGAACUAACUCUGGCUCUCACUCACCAUACACGCCAAGUGAGAUCUCGGGCAUCUCGGGGACAGGCAAUAAUAGGCAGUCGUACAUGUCCAACAUGACCGGCGCGACCGACUUCCUGAACGAGGCACCCACAAUCGUCACCCCGACCAAGGGCGCGGUCAGACAAGUGCUCGGCGUUGCUCAUGCCCAAGUGGUCCCGAACACGGGCAGUACUGGAUCCAUGACGAGCUCCACGCCCAACACCCCCCGUCACCCAUCCUCGCUCGUGUCAAGGCCCAGUGUUCGUUCUCCCUUGGCAACCACCUCCUUCGGACCGAAGGAUGUUGUUACCGAGAGCAUGUCCGAAGUCGACGAAGACGGUGCAUUGAGUGUUGCAUCAGAUCCCUUCGCCGACGAGCGCGGAAUCCAUAGCCAACUGUCGCAAGUCCGUGGCGGCGAUGGCGCCGGCUCCAUCACGACGUUCUCGACGGAGUCGUCUCUAGGCACCCCUGUUGCGCCUCCCGAGCAGCGUUAUCGUCCCGUCUCGCUAGAGACGAACGCCGCCAGCAUCUUGUCCGCCAACAUUGGUACUGCUGCUCGCGUUCAGAUCGGAUUGAGCCCGCUUAGACGAGGCGAGGGAGCGGAAGAUGUGCCAACGACUGCGACCAGCCUAGGUGUAGGCACGCCACGUAUGUUGACGAAGAUGGCGAGCGGAAGGCUGGUGACUCCCUCCACUGCCAACACGCCGGCCUCCGCGUUCACUCCUACGGGCACCAGUGAUGCCACUACCCACGGCAGCGGAACUUCUGCAGGCACCCUCCAGGAACAACAGGCACGGGCCCUUGCCCAUGCACAGGCUAAGGCUCGUGAGGCCAAUCUUGGUCUCGGACCUGACGCCGCGCGGCGCACAAGCUCCGGCAGCUCGGUGAUUAGUGGACGUGAUUCAAUCUUGGAGAAUUUCCCCUUCGUCCCGCCAAGCCCUAUUAGCGCGAGGCCUGCCAGAAGCCCUCCAUCCAGUCCUUUGAGGCAGCAAUCCUUCAACAACUCGCAAGCUCAGAGCCGUUCAGCGCUGUCCCAGGCCACUAUUCAGACCCAAUCCGAAGUUACAGGCGACCUGCCGAAACCGCCAAACAGAAAGCUCCUCGGCAUGUCGACCGUUUCCCAGUCGUCAACCGCGUCGGAGGGGCUCGGUUCUUUCCCGUUCCACAUUGAACGUGAACCAUCUGAGCCAACUGCCAAGGCCGCUCCACCCGCCGCGUAUGGCGGGCGGACGCGCGCGAGUCUUGACACACUCGCGUUGACAAGCGCUCUGUCGAGCUAUCCACUUGGGUUUGACGAGGCCAGCUCGAGUGGACACGACAUGCCGCGGUGAAGUGGCAACACCUGUCAAAUCAAGCCCAAUUCCCACUGAUGACCGAUCGAUGCCGUGGACGACCUUCAACUGUAGCCAUCUAUCCGUUGUGACCCAAGAAAACAAGGACGUUCGACCUUGUGUGCUCCUACCAUCAUCACCCCACUGCGCCAGUCGUAUUUAUACCUUAUUUCUUUCCAUCAAUUCCUUUUCGUUGCGGCAACGUCCUGACAAGACGUUUCUGUCUAUCCGGCUCUCUUCUUUCUGCACUCGACUUACCGUACAUUCCUUUUUUGUUCGAGCUCGACGAUCCCCCUUUGAAGCUGGAUGUGCCAUAGUCCAACGUCCGAUCGCCGCCUUGCUUCUCGUGAUUGCAUGUUUGCCAUAUUACAG